AUGCAGAGGGUAGAGGUGGCUAGACUUUUACAGAACCCAGCACGCGAGAUUCAUUUGCCUAAAGCACCCAGAGAAAAGUCAAUCCGACCACCACGAGAAAUGAUGAAGAAUGUGCAAGGUAGUUCAGCUGGGGCUGGGUCGGGUGAAUUCCAUGUGUAUAAGCAAAGUCGUAGGAGAGAAUAUGAACGACUGCGAUUGAUGGAUGAAAAUGAAGAAAAGGAACGAUUGAAGGCCGAGUUCGAGAGCAAACAAGCCGAAAUCAAGCAGCAAGUCGAAGCCAAAACAAAUAAGAACCGACUAAAGAGACAAAAGAAGAAAGACUUGCGGAAGAAGAAGUCGCAGAAAUUGGAUGAUCAAGGGCGACCAAAGAAAGCCAAUCAAGCCGGAGAAGAGCAAUCGGGAGACUCGGGAUCUGACGGUUCUGGUUCAGAGACAGAAAACGAUCCGAAAAAGAAGAGAAAGAAGUUGGGUGCGGCGCCGAUUGCUGAAGGAAUGGUCUUCAAACAACCUAACCAAAACGACGAAGAUGACCCCGAGAAUGACGAGCAGGAACAAGCCCAAAACCCCUCCGAAGACAAACUAGAUAAUCCUGAUCCGACUUCUGCUCCAUCCGACCAACUUUCAACAACAGUGCCUGUAGCUCAGUCGGUUGGUUUGAUAAUAGUCGACGAUGAGUUGUGA